ACAACUCAGCAUCUUGCUGGGGAAAGAUGACAAAAUGUUGUUUCUGUUGCGGUCGAUAUCAUGUGCUAAAAAUAAGAAUUUAGCAGUACUUAAUAUUUUUAGAACAAUCUCUACCACUGCAGUGAUAAAUGCAAAUGCAGGGGGUGAAGGAUGGUGGAGCAAAUUGUUGCAUGUGCGCAAAAUCGAGCCAGGAAAGGAUUCACAUUCAAAGUUGCUAUCCGACACAGAAAGAGUUUAUGAAUUACAAAUUCAUGAUGUGAAACCUGAUUGCAUUGAACCAUAUUUGAAAGAAUAUGAAACAUAUACUGGUACACUGCAGCAAAAAUCGGAAACCACAGAAUUGGUGGGAAGUUGGAGAGUAGAAAUUGGAAAUCAAGAUCAAUUUAUUCAUAUAUGGCGUUACAACAAGGGUUAUGUGAAUGCAAAUGAGGUUUUGUCAUUAUGCCGGCAAGAUGAGCAGCUUCAGUCGUUGACAAAGAGUCUAGUCAAAAAUAUCACAUCACGAACAAAUCAAUACAUGUUGCCUUUCAGCUACUGGGGGGAUCCAGAACCAAAGGACCGACAAAGCAUGUAUGAAAUUAGAUCCUAUGUAUUAAAACCUGGUACUAUGAUAGAAUGGGGAAAUAAUUGGGCCAGAGGAGUUACAUACAGGAAAAGUAGUGCUGUUGCUGGGUUUUUCUCCCAAAUUGGUCAACUAUAUAUGGUUCAUCAUAUCUGGAGCUAUAAAGAUCUCCUUAGUAGAAAAGAAUUUCGUGAAGCUGCUUGGAGAAAACCAGGAUGGGAUGAAUGUGUUGCAUACACUGUUCCAUUGAUCCGGGAAAUGAGAAGUCGUUGGCUUCGUCCUACUUCUUUCUCUCCGAUCAAAUGAAAGAAGAUUUUGCAGGCCUUAUCCUUCAUCGGAAGUGCAGCAAAUCUGCAGUGCAAUUUUGUGGUGUCUUAGUUUCAGAAACAGCACAAAAGAAAAGAAAACAAAAAGAAAAAAGCUUAGGGAAGGCAACACUUUUAUAGGUGCAUUCAAUAGGGUUUAUGCCAGAAAUACUUCAAAGCACUGCUUUGAAACCAGUGUGAUAAAGGAAAUAUGUGUUUUUCUUAUACGUAAAAUACUGAUUUUAAUUUUGUCCCUAAAACUGAUAAUUUUUUUUAAAAUGUGAUAGACCAUAUUGUUAAAAUCAGUAAUACUACUAAUAUUGCCAUGCUAAGCACAAAAGCUAUACCUGUACUUUUCAACGAAGAGUUAUUUUCCAGAUGGUUCUUUGCGACAUAUUUUACCUGAAUACAAUGUUCUACUGUCAUUUAAGAAUGGGAAAUAUUUGUAAAAAAUUUCUGAAAAAGACCUGAAUCAAAUAUAGAGGUAUAAAACUUUAAAAAACAACUUCUCAGUUUGAGCUUGACUGCAAAUACCACUUUUGUGCUUAGCGCAGCAGAAUAAUGUAAUAUUUAUCAAAGCUGUUAAUUAUUGAUUUUAAAAUUGAUUAUUUGUGAUUACGGUUGAAAGAUUAAACUAUUGCAAUCGAAUUUAUGUUGUAAAAAAGUUGAUAGAGUAAAUUUGAUUCUCUAUAAAUGUAAAAAAUGAAUUUCCGUUUUCAGGGAAUUGAGGUGCAUCUGUCUUUUGUACUCUGGUACUAAAAACAAUUAUUACCAGUAAAAUGUAGUCUUUAUUAAUAGUAUAAUGUAUGAUAUCAGAAUGUAAAUGAGUUUGAUUACUUUCAACUUAAAAUUGCAAUUUUAAAGUUCUAAAAAAAUUAAGUUUAAGUGUUAUUUUUACUUUUCUUUAUUUUUGUGCUGUAACAUCCAAAUUUGUAAACUUUCAUUAAUUGCAAACAAAAAAGAGACUUGUGUUAGAAAGAUGUAGAGCUUGAUAAUGUGUGGCAAGUUUUAUAUCGUUAUGGUCAAAUAUUCGCAUUUGCAAUUAAUGCUUGUAUUUUUAGUGAAUUUUAUUACAUAACUUUAUUUUCAUUUUAUCUUCUUUUCUACUUAUUUUAAAGAAAAUCAAAUUGUUAAUUAUGCAUUUCAAGAGAUAUAUUUUCCUUUUUUUAAAUGGUGAUGUAAAAUGUGCAUAUUUUAUACAUUUGGCAGCUGUGUCAGCUAAUAGUAUUAAUGGAUGCUGAUAUUUCAAAUCGUUAGAACUUGCUGUAAGGUUAAAAGCUCUACAAGAUGUUGGGAAUACAAAUUUAUUGUUUGUUUUUUGUUAUAAUUAGAGGCUAUGUCAAAAAUUUAUUUUUCAUGUAAACGAUUGAAUAUUUCAAACUUAUUUGCAUCCUAACCUAUCAUGCUCAAAGUCUUGAUAUUUUACUGAAUUUUGCAGUGACUGUAGUGUAAAUUGAGCCUACUCAAGUCUUGGAAGAAGCUAAUGCAGUUUUGAGAUGUGAGUUUUUGUAUCUGCCUCUCAACCUUUUGGUAUGAACUCUAACCUCUGGAAUGUACAAAAGCUGUGAGAUCCACAGUUUUCUUUAUUCUUGUACCUGAUAUAAAACACGAUUUUUAAAAAAAUCAAAAAAUCCCGAUUGUGUGAUACAGAGAAUGGUGCUUUGUUAAAUUUUUAAGAGAAUUUUAAAUACAAUUUUAUAUAAAUUGGAAGCAGCAUUAUGUAACGUAAUGGGAUGUAAUGACCAUUUGUAUGAAAGUAGCAUUUACAGUGCCAGUUUUUUUUUAAAUUUUUAACAUAAUUGUGUUUUUAAUCAUAACCUUCUGAAUUUCUUUUCAAUAUUGUUGUACGCUCAAGUUGUGGGGGGGGGGGGGAGUUAUGCAUCUAAAGGUUCUCUUUGAGUUAUAGCAGUUUGAAGUAAAAAAUAUUUAUUUUUAUAGUUUUAAUAAUGAAAACAAAUUGUCAUGUGAGUAGUAUUUUAUUCUUAAGGAUGGUUGGAUAACAAAGCAAAAUUUGAUGCAUUUCAUUUUCUUCCAAGAUACAAAUUUCAAGGUGCUUUGUAAAAUGUUACCUUCCUUUUCAAUUUGUCAAAAUAGAACUGGUGCCAGAAAAUCAUUGUUUUAUAGAAAUCUAGUGUGGUGUAAAAAAUGUAAAAAUGAAUAAAAUGUUUUUCAAUUAACA